ACGAGUGCGCUGUGAUUGGCUCGGUGUUGUGGCUGGUAGCCGUGUUCGGUUGGUCGUGGAAUAGGUGUGGCGGUGCACCGCAUGUAUCCGCUAUAGACCGCUGGGAGACUGUAGAAAUACGAUUACGACCAGACACGGGACAGAACAGGUACCGCGGAAUGAGGACGAAGAUAGGUUCCGCAGUGAAUCUUCUCGGAAUGCACGAGUAGCAGACCCCGAAUUGCGAUUUUGUCAGCUUUGCUAUGCCGGUCAAUGUUGAGAACUAUCUUUCCUGAUACUGUUCCUUUAGCUGCUUCUGAUUCACUGGUACUUGACAUUGUCCAUCCGUAUCCUCUACACUUCUUAUUUCUCUGUAUAUUGUCACCGUAUACACCUAUAAUUCGUACAUCCCUCCUGGAGAAAACAACAGCUGAAUUUUUGUUAUUUCACCAAAUCAACACAGUCCCGGGGCAAUCAUGGCAAUUCCAACUCCCGAUACGAAACUAUCGGCCAACGACACCCGUAUUCUAAACGCACUCUUUGACCCAGAAACCCUUCCCUCAUCCGUCGCCAAAGCAAGAGACAUCUCCACAAUCGACAGCACUCUCCCGUCCCAUCCAACCAUCCCACAAUCUGAACUUUCCACCCUGGAGACACAACAAAAUGAAAUCGUCUCAAAAGUCUCCUCGACAUCACCAUCAGCACAAGAGGACCAAACCACCAUAAUCGAUUCCAGUCUCUCCACUCUGGACGAAAUAAUCCAAUCAUGUCCGAAAUAUCCCAGCGCCUACCUCAACCGCGCAAUGGUCCAACGCAUGAAGCUUGAAAACACCAUCACCGACACCACGCCACAGAAGUCCUUCUUCACCUCCCAAGAAUCAUCAGAACCCAUCAACUCCCUAUUCAAAGACCUAUCCCAAGCCAUCCAACUCUCCAUGCCCUCCACCCCCUCCUCACCCGUCUCCCCCUACCAGGCACGCAUCCUGCGAACAGCACACUCGCACCGCGCGUAUCUGUAUCUCAAAGCCUCAGAGAGCGGACAGGAGUGGGACGGCAAGGGCAAGGCGGAGCUUGAGGAGCUGGCGUCCGGGGACUUUUCGGCGGCAGCGAGGUAUGGCGACGAGGUUGCGAGGGAGAUGAGCGUCAGGACGAAUCCGUAUGCGAAGAUGUGUGGGGCGAUCGUGAGGAAUGCGCUGGCGGAGGAGAGGAGGGAGGCCGCGCAGUUUUCGAGUCUGUGAUUUGCGAACUUUGGGGGCGUAAGUAGAUAAGAACCAGAUGAGGGCUCUGCUAGGUGUAUCAGAUACGACAUAAAAUCAGUGGAGGUUGCUAAAUGAAUCAGGAGGUGUCAGCAUGAUUGUAUAUGUUCGUUAGAUUCGUAGUGGU